GGUGUUCCCUGCGGGGAAGCGGCGGUGCGGGCUCGGGCAGGAGCGGGACAUCGGAUCUUUGAGCGGUCCUGCUGCGGAUGUGGCUGUUGCUCCUCCUUGCUAAGCAUUUCGCUGGCGGAGUUCGGGGCUCCGGGCCGUGGAGGAGGCUUUCAAACGCACGCGGCUGCUGUACAAAAUCAGCUACAGACUAUGCUAAUGGUGGUUAUGAUAUUGUGUCACCUGCUCCAUCAGUGUACUUGGGCACAUUUCAAAUUUUGCAUCUCCUGGAAGAUCUAAAGAUGGCAUUGGAAAUGCUAGAAGAUCCUCAAGAGAAAGAAGCAUUGCGAAAUCAAAUUCCAGGAGCCACAGCAAUGUGUAUACGGGAGUGGUUUGAAGAGAAUCUGUCACAGGUGAAUCAUCAUUCAUCUAAUAAUGAAACCUAUCAAGAAAGAUUGGCACGAUUAGAAGGUGAUAAAGAGUCACUCAUACUGCAGGUGAGUGUUCUUACAGACCAGGUGGAAGCUCAAGGAGAGAAAAUCCGGGACUUAGAAAUCUGUCUUGAGGGGCAUCAGUUGAAACUGAAUGCUACAGAAGAAAUGCUUCAACAGGAGUUGCUAAGUCGAACAUCACUGGAGACUCAGAAAUUAGAUCUAAUGGCUGAAGUUUCAGACCUGAAGAUUAAGCUGGUUGGUAUGGAAAAGGAACAGAGUGAAUAUGAGGAGAAACAGAACAAAGCUGAGUCAGUAGUGAACCUGAUCAGUGAGCUACAGGAGCAGAUGUGUAAACUGCAGCUGGAAAUUAAUAGUAGAAUCCAAGAAAGAAAGUCUCAAGAUAGGAAACCAGACUUGACACCCAGUGGUCCUCAAACUAGUCCAAGAUCAGUGGUAGAGACUCUCAGCCAGAAGAAUUGCUCUCAGUGUGACGGUUUGCUACAGGAACUUAGACACCUUAAAAUUAAAGUGGAAGAACUGGAAAAUGAAAGAAAUCAAUAUGAGUGGCAAUUAAAAGCAACCAAAGCUGAGAUAGCCCAGCUUCAAGAGCAAUUAGCUCUAAAAGAUGCAGAACUAGAACGCUUACAAAGUCAGCUAUCUAGGACCUCAUCACAUAGUGAAGUGGCAGAAAGAGAGGAAGUUUAUAGGAGAAGGCUAAAAGAAAAAUAUCAAGAAGUUCAACGAUUGAAGAUAGGAAUGGAAUCAUUAUUGGCUGCCAAUGAAGAAAAGGACCGUCGAAUAGAGGAGUUAACACUAUUGCUAAGCCAGUACAGGAGGGUCAAAGAGAUAAUGAUUGCAGCUCAUGGUCUUGUAUGGCAGAAUGGAAACUUGUACUUAACACACAAGAACAGGGAACAAGAGACAGGCUCUUCCAUCUCUGGUGGCAGUGAAGAAGAACUUGAUCCAGCUUUAAGGAAGUGGAAUCUUUUGAAUAAUCCUCAAGGAGAAUUUGUUAAAACAGAGGCCUCUUCAGGAGAAUUGUCACCAGCUAUGCUCUGUCCAGUGCCACACAAAGCUAUGGAAAUCAGUGGAAGCAUUCCAGUGUCUUCAACGAAUUUAACCUCUGCGCAAGAAGAAUCUUUGGAAGGCAUAAACAGGGUUCCACAGAAAAAAAAGUCAAGUAGUUUAGAAGAUUUGCAGAGUGAAUCCCUGGAAAAGUUUGUAGAUGGAAAACCAGUACAGCCUGUUUUAGAACAAGAGAGUAAACCGCUUGUGAAAGGCAGCAAGUAUCAAACCUUGCCAGGAAAGCUGCCUCGACCCUUACAGAAUGGAGAGCAGGGAACGUGUAAUUUGCCGGAUGGGGGUGGCAUGAACGAUGAGGACAACAGCAUCCUGGGCCUAAGAGAAACAGAAAAUGUGGAUGGUACUGUAGUCUCAGAUGACCUUUCACCUCUCUCUUCGGGAACGGAUUCAGGUCCACAAUCUCCAUUGUCUCAAGAAAUCAGAAAGAGUCCAAAGGGGAUCAGGAAAAUCUGGGGAAAAAUAAGAAGAACUCAGUCAGGUAACUUCCCUGCAGAUGACCUGGGUUUGGCUGAGUUUCGAAGAGGUGGUCUCCGUGCAACAGCUGGACCUCGAUUAUCCAGAUCAAAGGAAACCAAAGGCCAGAAAAGUGACUACAAUGCUCCCUUUGCUCAGUGGAGCACUGAAAGAGUUUGUAACUGGCUUGAGGACUUUGGUCUUGGUCAGUACGUCAUUUUUGCACGGCAGUGGGUGACUUCAGGCCAUACACUGUUAACUGCGACACCUCAGGACAUGGAAAAGGAAAUGGGAAUAAAGCAUCCACUGCACAGGAAGAAAUUAGUUUUGGCUGUUAAAUCAAUAAAUGCAAAACAAGAUGAGAAGUCUGCACAACUUGAUCAUAUCUGGGUGACACGGUGGCUUGAUGAUAUUGGUUUACCUCAGUACAAAGACCAGUUUCAUGAAUCCAGAGUUGAUGGGAGAAUGUUGCAGUACUUAACUGUGAAUGACCUUCUCUUUCUGAAAGUCACCAGUCAGCUGCAUCAUCUGAGUAUUAAAUGUGCCAUUCACGUGCUUCAUGUCAACGGUUUUAACCCCAACUGUCUACGCAGGAGACCAGCUGAGGAGAAUAACAUUUCGUAUUCAGAAGUAGUUCAGUGGUCCAAUCACAGAGUAAUGGAAUGGCUGAGAUCAGUUGAUCUGGCAGAAUACGCACCAAACCUUCGAGGAAGCGGAGUGCACGGUGGCCUGAUUAUUCUCGAACCUCGCUUCAACUGUGACACGCUUGCAAUGCUGCUGAAUAUUCCACCUCAAAAGACCUUACUGCGACGCCACCUAACGACCAAUUUUAAUGUAUUAAUUGGACCAGAGACACAACAAGAAAAAAGAGAAAUAACAGAGUCAACAGCAUACACACCUCUGACCACCACUGCCAAAGUUCGGCCAAAGAAACUUGGAUUUUCACAUUUUGGAAACUUAAGAAAAAAGAAAUUUGAUGAAUCAACAGACUACAUCUGUCCUAUGGAUACAAGCCCAGCUGCUACAAAUGGUACUCAAAAAAAACAUGGUGGAUACAAAGGACUCAGUCCACUCACGGAUAGGGAACUGGAUCAGAUGGAACAUUCAGAAGGAACAGUAAUGCAAAUAGGGGCCCUUUCUCAAGGCAUAAGCCAUCUUACGGUAUGUACUAAUUUCCCUCUUGUUUUAAAGUCACAAAUGUAUUCUGCUAGAAUGAUCAUUGCUGGUGGUAGUUAAGAAUAAGCAGGUCACUAUUCUUGUUUAAUACUACUUCAUAGCCUGGAUGCACAUUCACAGUCCAAAAAAAAUCCUGCUUUUAAAUUGCACUAGAAAUUUAGUUUCAUUUAGGACUACUUUAAGUUUUCGGGAACUCUGCUAUCUCUUUGAAUCAAGGACAGACAUUCACCCCCUUAAACGAAACCAAUUCUUCAAAGUUUUUGCAAGUAACAACCUUCACAUGCCUCAGUUACAGCAAAGUCUAUCAAAAAGGUACAGACUUGAAAGUUUACACAGAAACGAGCAAACAAAAAGAUGAGUAUUAAUUCUUGACUCCCUAGCAGCUAAUUAAAGAAAAAAAAAAAUUGACUGAAAGCUAUAAUGAAGAAUUAUAUCACAUUGAGUCAUUCAUAUGCCACACACACAAUCUUAGUGAGAACUUCUUCCAGCAAAUAAUACUUUAUUUAAAGCUGCAUUCAAGAGAUUCCUUGUAAUUUUAUGCGGCUCUAACCCCCUCUGUUGUGAGUCUAAUCUCAUUACAGUUGGAUUUCUUUAACUGCAAGCCUCUAACUGAACACGUUUACUUGUUCACAUCUUGUUUUUUCAGACACUGUUAAGUCAAGAUGAAAUGCUGAAUGACAGCAGAUUUUUAACACCUACCUUUGAAGACUGGAGAUGAUGUUUCAACGUGACCAAUGUAAUAAUAAUACCUCAUGCCUGUCCAGAGGGAUGGCCAGGAGAAGCGAGAUGCUGUGGUGCAGGAAAACUUUACCUCUCUUCUGCCACUGCGACUUACCACUUAGCAUUUCAUAUUGUCAAUGUACCAACACAUUACAGGUAACUCUCCUCCAUGCCAUUUUCAAUACUUCAUAAUGUGAAAUACUUUUGAGAGAAGUGGGACUCCUAUCCAGAGUCUGGAAAACCAAGACUGGCAACAUGUUGUAUCCUUUUAUUCUGUCACCUUUUACAUGGUAUGUUUGUGUACUGGUACAUGAAAGACCUUUUGUAAUUUUUUAUUUUUAUAAUGGUAAUGCAGGAAUCAUUAAUAUUCUAUAGCUCCAUGCAGACUAAUCGGAGCCACCUAGAAAUUAAAUGGAUGAUGGUGAGUGCAAUGAUAGUAGCCCACUAAUUACUACUGCAGUCUUGCCAGAGACUGUUUCCCAUAAAAGGAUUUUAAUCUCUCAUACCUUUCACUAACACAUGUCCUGCCCACUUUUUCCUCUAAGCGUAGUGCAGGAUGGGAAGAAUGGAACAUAAAA